AUGGCGUUUUCUGCUUUACUAAAUACCGACUUUGGCCGCCUUUCCACGUCACAAGCUAUCUACCAUCGCUUCAUACCAUCCCACGCAAACAGUCACCCUAACAAAAUGAAAGACAUCCGAAAGUCUACAGAGGCCUUUUUGCACGACCAGACGAUCGCUAUUGCCCUCGAGAAUUGCUCACAGACCUUCACACUGUCCAAAGCAAUGUUAUGUAAUGCCUCGAGCUACUUCAGUGCGGCACUCAAUGGACAUUUCCGAGAAUCCACAGACCACAUCCUCCGGCUUCCUGGGUGUGACGAGAAUGUACUCAUAUUCUUCGUUUACUACUUGACCCAUCACGAGAAGCUACCGACCCUUGGGUCUGAAGACGAAAACGAAGAUGAAGGCGCGGAAAAGUUGUCCGACUUCGAUCCAAAUUCAACAUGGAGCCAGCGUGUUAUCUUCGCAAUACGUCUGUGGAGGUUUGCCGAUGCGUGCCUGAUGCCAAAACUGCAAAACAAGGCUAUGCGACUAUGCUGUACGGAGCUCAAAAAUGUCAGGGUGAAUGCCAGCAUAGCUCGGGCAGCCUUCGAGGGCACAAGCAUGGAGUCUCCGCUUAGAAAAGCGGUCAUCGACGAGGCCAUGUGGGACUGGAUACCCCGCGGGCCAAAAGAGUCAGAGGCCUACGAGGCCAUGAUGAAUGAAGUGGGUGCCAUACCAGGAGUCUUCUCUUGUUUUUAUCGAGCGCAAGAAACACAGAAAAUGGGCUUCUGGGAAGAGAAGCCCUCGAGCGGAGAGAGUUGGGAGCGCUAUAGAAGUAGGAUCGUCCUGAACGCUGGCGUGAAUGAGGGCAUACUAGAGCAUCUGCAAAUGCGUCUUCACAUUAGUGCCUAUCUCGAGGAUGAGCUCAUCACGAUCACGCUCGAGAAUUCCUUAACCACGUUUAGAGUCUGGAAGCUGCUUCUCUUCGGAGCCCCCGACUACUUCCGCAAAGCACUCGAGGGACGCUUCGUGGAAGCCGAGUCUCGGACACUACGGCUGCCUGGCCACGACGAGGACUUGGUCCGUGUGCUGUUAUUCUACCUCCACAACGGCUCGAUCCUAGACUUCCGCAGACGAGACAUCGGGCGGAUUCGUCUAUGA